AUGGUUAAAUUAAAGAAAACAAGCAGAAGGCAAACAUUAAAACAGAAAUAUGCCAUUAUAAAAAAAGUAGCUGCUCAUAAAAAAAAGUUAAAGAAAAUAAUAAAGAAAACAAACAUUCAUAAUAGAAGAUCAACAAAAAAUUCUUUAAAAAUACCAGAGUGUAUAUUUAAGAAAAGCAUUUUAAAAAAUAUCAAAACCAUUGCGGAAAGUAAAAAAAAUAAAAAUUUGGUAAAAUGUACAGAAAUUAAAAUUGAUGAUUUUAAUGAAUCUACAAUAAAAAAUGUGAAAUAUUUAUUAGAAAAUAGUUUAAAGGAUGAUUCGGAUGAUGGUAUUUCAAAUGAAUAUUUAGAAAAUAUGAAUUUUAAAGACUAUGUUCAUUUAAAUUUUAAUAUAAAGAUGAAAUUAUUUGAAAAAGUGAAAAAUGAAAAUUAUUCGAAAUUAAAUGAUAAAUAUUUAUUUAUUGAUAACUUAAUAGAAGUAAUAAGAAAUAGUGAUGCUCUUUUUUAUAUUGUAGAUGUAAGAAACCCAUUAAUAUAUUUAGAUAAAGAUAUAAUUGAUUUUAUUAAAUUAUGUAAAAAGGAAAUUAUUAUUGUUUUAAAUAAAUGUGAUUUAGUUGAUUCUGGUGUAAUACAGCAGUGGCUUACAUAUUUUCGUAAUUACUUUAUAACUCUACCUUUUAUAUGCUUUAUUAAGAAGAUUCCUAAUUAUCUGAAUAAAAACAAAUUACCCGAAAAGUUAUAUGAUCAUUUUAUAAAUAAAAGUUACGUAAAAUAUAUUAAAGCUCUUUUUAAAGAUACAAAAAUAACAUAUGGUGUUAUAGGGCAUAUAUAUACAGGAAGAAAUAGUUUUAUUCAUACUUUGUUAAAUGAAAUGAAUUGUAAUAAUAAAAUAAAAGGGACAGAUAUUAAAAUUGAUGAAAAUAUUAAUAUAUAUGGAAAAAUUGGACUUAUUUUAAAAAAAGACUUGAAAGGGAUGGAAUUAAUUAAAAAAUUGCAUUCAUUAGAUAAAAAAGAAGUCAUAUCACUUUUAAAUGAAUUUUUAUUAUGCUUAAAUGGGAAGAAUUUAAUAAAAGUGUUAAGCAUUCUAAAGGAAAAUCAUAUUAUUAAUGAAAACCAGCUACAUUUUUCAUCUAAUGAUAACAAAUUAGAAAAGAAAGAAAAAAAAAAUAGAAUAAUUCAUUCUUUUUUAUAUGAAAAUGGGGAAAAUAAUAACAUAAACUCUAAGAAUAUGCAAAAAUUAUACAAUAAAUUAUUUCUGAAUAAAAUUCUGUAUUAUAUAAUUCCUAAAAGUAAAAUAACAUGCUUUAGUGAAAAUUCUGAUUUUCUAUAUCAUUUUGGUAAUUUGAAUGAUGAUGUUUAUCACAAAAUUGAUGAAUUUAUAUUUUCACAGAAAAAAAAAUAUGGUAAUUAUAUUAUAAUUAAAAGCGAUAAGUUUAAUUUUUAUACAUAG